AUGAUCCAUAUUGUUGCUGAGCCCAUAGGCAUUGCUAAGUUCAGAAACUAUGGUUCGAUUAUAUCACCAGAUGAGGAAGUUUCACGUCUUACGGAGAAAACAAAAGGUGCCAAUCAAGGUACCGCCAUUAAGAUCGUGAAAGUAAGUCGGAGCCAAAAUUUGUUUCCAGAGCAUUGCGGCGUGAAGGCCCCCCAUUGGAACAUGUUUCGUUCAUUUCCUCAACCACAUCUCAAAAGAAACAUUUAUGAGAGUUCCACUGGCGAGAUCAUAGAACACAGCAUUAAAGUGCUUGAAAAGCAUCCUUUCAGCUCUCAAACCUUUGUUCCAAUGGGCCGCUGUGCAGACAACCUGGCUUAUCUUGUGGUUGUAGCUUUGCCCGACAAUCAAGGGGGACCAGAUUUGUCGACUUUGAAAGCAUUUACGUGUAAAGGGUCACAAGCCGUCACUUAUGGGGCCGGUGUAUGGCAUGCACCGAUGAUAGUUAUAGGUGACCUAGCAUACCUCGAUUUUUCUGUACUAAUUCACGAACUUGGCGAUGAAGAUCGUCCUGAGAUGGAUCUGGUAGAGACACACUAUAGAGAAGGAGAGGUAGUUGUCAAUAUGAUUGCUCAAGCCUAG